UAAAUGUCUCCUCCUCCUAUCUUUCCCCCCUUACCCACCCGCUUCCCCAAUUCUAAAGCUCCAAGAGCUUCCCUCUCUAUAUUCCCAUACUUCACUCACCGGCUCUCCCCUUUACGGGGCACCUCUGCUCAGAUUUCCCCAUUGGAUCCCCGAAUUCUUUCGUACGAUUGGUGCUUUGAAGGAACGAUUCUGAGAUUCGACUCCAAUUCUUCUCAUUAAUCAACAUUUCUUUGUGUCAGUGAGUCGAAUCUUAGAAGGGAUGUCGAUGGUGUUACUAGUUGCUUCUACCCUCCGUCAACCGGGAAGUCGGUCCAUCCGCUGUUGUCUUUCACGGUAGCUGCGAUGGGCUUCUAAUGCUUAAUCCCGAGAUCUACGCCGGAGAUCUUGGAGGCUGUAGGGUGCCGGAAUUGGAUCGGGUUCGAUCGAAUUCUAGCGUCUUAUCGUAGGAUCUGGUGGCGGAUCGAUGUCGUUCAGGAGCAUAAUUCAGGACUUGAGGGAUGAAUUGGGGAGCAUUUCGAGGAAGGGCUUCGAAUUGAAGAUGGGGCAUGGGCUAAGGUCGCGGUCGCACAGGGUGGUGCACGACGCCCUGGGCCCGCCUUUGGUGGGCGCGCUGAGACAGAGUUGCUGGGCGAACAUGCCUCCCGAGCUGCUGAGGGAUGUGCUGGUGAGGAUCGAGGAAGGCGAGGGCUCGUGGCCCGUGCGGAAGGAUGUGGUAGCCUGUGCCGGCGUCUGCCGGAGUUGGAGGGACACUAUGAAGGAGAUUGUGAUGACACCUGAGCUGUCGGGGAAGCUCACCUACCCUAUCUCAUUGAAGCAGCCUGGGCCAAGGGACUUUCCUCUCCAAUGUUUUAUAAGGCGAAACCAGAGUACACAAACUUACCAUCUCUAUCUUGGUCUUACGCAAGCACUGGCGGCUGAUGGCAAGUUCCUGCUUGCUGCACGAAAAUGUCGGCGUCCUACAUGCACCGAAUAUCUCAUCUCUCUUGAUGCUGAUGACAAGUCAAGGGGAGGUGGUACAUACAUUGGGAAACUAAGAUCUAAUUUUCUGGGAACCAAAUUCACUGUCUAUGAUGCUCAGCCACCUCACGCUGGAGCUACAGUCUCAAGGAGUCAGUUGACUCGUAUAAUUGGUCCCAAACAAGUUUCUCCCAGGGUUCCUGCUGGAAACUACCCUGCUGCCCACAUUGCUUAUGAGUUGAAUGUGUUGGGUUCGAGAGGUCCUCGAAGAAUGCACUGUGUCAUGGACUCGAUACCUGCUUCUGCGAUUGAACCUGGAGGAAUGGCUCCGACUCAAACAGAAUUCUUGCAUAACAGCCUCGAUUCUUUUCCAUCAGUUCCAUUCUUCAGAUCCAAGUCAUACCGCACGGGAAGUUUGUCAGGAUCAGUAUCUGGCUUGAAAGAGGAAAUGUUGGUUUUAAAGAACAAAGCUCCAAGGUGGCAUGAACAGCUUCAGUGCUGGUGUUUGAAUUUCAGGGGACGUGUAACUGUUGCAUCAGUGAAGAACUUCCAGCUGGUGGCCUCUGAAGAGAAUGGGUCAUCUAACCAGGAGGAAGAGAAGGUAAUUCUCCAGUUUGGCAAGGUGGGGAAGGAUUUGUUCACCAUGGACUACUGCUAUCCAAUAUCAGCAUUUCAGGCAUUUGCUAUCUGCCUCAGCAGCUUUGACACUAAGAUAGCUUGUGAAUAAGACCAGUGGCUGGAAACUGCUGUUUUCUUGGUUUUCUCAAGUGAUGGACAUUUGAAUAAAGCUUUGGAGAAUGUAACAAAUAUUGGUGUAAAUUUUAGGAGGGAUGGUAGGAAAAGCAAUUUGAUUGAUACAACCGGUCAACUAAUAGUCUCUUGCCUGGCGUGCAAAACUAUUCCAGCAGUGUGCUCAGAGCGUGAUUGUGAUCCCGACUGGUUUGUGUGCCAUUUCAACACUCUGCCUUCAGUUUUAUCGCACAUUUGUGUAUUUGCUUUUAAAAUGCAAUGAAUGAUGCUACAGAAUGCAUUAUGAAUUUGGUUUGCUUGCA